AGAUUCAAAAAUUGAAUGAUGAUAAUGAUCAACGAUUUUUUUUUUUUUUUUUGAUAAUCAAUUUUUGUUGAAUGAAAUCUAUUUAAAGCCAAUGAAAAAAGCCGGGCAUUUUUUCUAUUUUAUAUACAUUAAUAAUAAUAAGUGUAACCGUUGUGACAAAUCUAUCGGUUUAUCGAUCUGAAAAAAAAAAAAAAUUUGCCACAUAACCGUUAAAACAAUAUGAUCAUAAUUAUAUGCUCAUCAUCAUCAUGGAUAAUAAUAAUGACGAUAAACAAAUGGAUGAUGAUGUUAUUCAUCAAAAACAACGACAACAACAACAACAACAACAACGAUCAUUGUUCAAUCAAGAAAAACAUAUAGAAUCAUCACGAAAUAAUGAUAAUAAUCUGAAAUCUAGAACGAAUAAUAAUCUGUCGAUAAUGUUAAACAAUAAUAAUGACAAUGUCAAUUUAACGACGACAAGUUGGGAAAAUGUUGGCAUCAAAAAAUCGAUAACGGCCACAACAACGACUGUUAAUAAAAUGGGUAAACAAACGAUUAGACGGUCAACGAAAUUGCCCAAAAUAGCGAUUAAACCUACGGGCAAACCAACACCAACAAAAAUUUUGGUUAAUCGUCGGAAAACAUUAAGACGUUCAUUGUCAUAUGAUACAUUACCGAAGAUGAAAAACAAAAUGAUUAUCUGUCAACCGAUGACCAUACAACGGCGAAUAACGGUGCCGCCGACCAAUAAGAUUAUAUUCACCACACAUAAGACACAGCAUUUGGUUCUUAUAUGUUUAGCAUUCAUUAGUUUUACAUCAAUGUUGGCCAUGGCUAUAAUUGCACCGUUCUUUCCAACCGAAUCGGCAAAAAAAGGAAUGCGUGAAUCGGUCAAUGGCCUUGUAUUUAGUGUCUAUGCAUUCGUAUUCAUGAUCUGUAGUCCAAUCAUUAGUCUGAUGAUACCGGUAAUUGGAACAAAAAUGACAUUAAUUAUGGGAAUUUUUAUUGCCGGCGUUUCAAACAUUCUUUUCGGUCUAUUGGAUCGAAUUCAUAGUUUAGAAACAUUCACAGUAUACUGUUUUAUUGUGCGAACAUUCGAAGCAGUCGGUGGUACGGCUUUUUCAACAUCCACUUAUACAAUUUUAAUGGAAGAAUUUCCCGAUAAUGUGGGCACAGCAUUCAGUAUCGUUGAAACAUCGGUAGGCUUAGGUUUAAGUCUUGGACCGGCCAUUGGUGGUUUCCUUUAUAAUAUUGGAGGUUAUGGUUUGCCAUUCUAUGUAUUAGGAACAAUCAUGUUGGUCAAUAUACCACUUUGUUUAGUAAUUAUACGUGAUACCAAAAAUUGUGAACGGCUUAAAUCACCGAUGAAUGCCUAUUUUAGAUUAUUGUCCAUAAUAAAAGUAAUUAUCAAUUGUUGUGUGAUUGUUGUUGUUGCACAAUCGCUCAGCUAUCUUGAUCCAACAAUCGAACCACAUUUAAGAAGUAUUGGAUUGGGAACGAAUUUAGUUAGCCUGAUAUUUCUUAUAUUAUCAGCCACAUAUACACUAAGUUCACCAUUCAUUGGAUGGAUCUCACAAAUGGUGCCAAAUAAAUUUCAAAUUAUGGCUAUUGGUCUUUUAUUAAUGGGAUUGGAAUUUUUAUUUCUUGGUCCGGCCAAAAUGAUUCCAAUGGAAACAAAUUUUACACAAACAGCCAUUGUAAUGGCAUUGAUUGGCAUAUCAUAUUCAAUUGCAUUCAUACCCACAUUUGAAACAUUGAACAAUCUUGCUUUAAAAAACGGAUUUCCGGAUGAUGUCACCACCUACAGUUUAGUUUCGGGAUUUUGGACUUCAUUCUGUUCGUUAGGUGAAAUUCUUGGACCUAUGUUUGGUGGUUUUUUAACAGAAAAUUUUGGCUUUAAACAAUCAUCAACAAUUAUGGGUAUCAUUGCGAUAAUUAUGGCUUUUGUAUGUGGUAUAACUUGUAUCUAUUAUGAUGAAUUGGAUACACAUGAUCAUAAUCAUAAAAAUCGUGGUAAUCAACGACAAAAAUCAUUGCCACAAAAUCGAAUAAUCUCUAAUCGUCAUCAUGGCAAACAAUCAUUGGCCAGGCCAAAGAAUAUUUUAACGAACAAUGGAAAACAAUAUCGUGAAUAUAAUCUCCAUCCACGCUUUCAUCCAUUUGUAUUCAAUAAUAAACUUCAUCAAAAUGUUGUGCCAAAUUUUUCAAUCGAACGUGCCGAACAUCCGAAUUGUUUUUUACGAAAAUUCACCUAUGAUGGAAGAUAUUUGAUGGCUUUCAGUUCGGAUAUAACCAGUGUUGAAUUAUAUGAAUAUCAAGGUGCAGCAGCUGCAGCUCAAUUAUUACAUUUGAUACCGAGUGGUGAUAAAGAUUAUCUUAGCUAUGGUGAUGAAAAUGCAGAGAUUCGCCGAAAAAUAUUCAGCUGUUUCUUUAAACGUCGUCAUACAAUUACAGUCGCAAUGGAUGGUGGACAAUUAAGUCGAGAAUGUAGCCUAUUUACUGAUGAUAAUCGAUUUCUGAUCGUUGCAUCGAUAUCAUCAACAAGUGAGGCAACAACUUCAUUCCAUGAUCGUUAUCAAACAAACGAAUCUAUACCGAUGAGCCAUCGUUCUACAUAUGAAGAUUAUAAAUUUCAUAUAAUCGAUAUUGAUGCUGGUCGUGUGGUUGACAGUAUUGAAUUCAAAACGGAUAAAAUACAAAUUGCUAAUAAUCAUGGAAUCUAUCUGUACAAAAAUGUUUUUGCCAUAUUAUCAGUUCAACAUCAGAUAAUUCAUCUAUACUACAUUCUACCGAACGGUGAAUUCAUAUUCAAUAGAAAAAUCGGUCGAUUCUGUUCCGAAGAAGAUCGUUUACUAUUCGAAGAUUCAUUAAUGCAAUCUAUGUAUCGUCGUUUAAAUCAGCCAAUACCGGUUAGUCAUAGACCAGUGGCAGCAUUUCGUGAAAUUCCAUUCAAUGCUCUCAAACAUCGUAUCAUUACAUUUGCAUUUUUACAGGCAAAACGUCAAUCCAUUGAAUAUGGUUCACCGAAACCAUUAUGUCAAUUCUAUCAUGAUUUCGAUUAUUUAGUCAAUUUACGUAUGUUAAAGAUGCAAUUAUUGGAUGAAGAACAUUUACUUAUUAAAUAUGAACAAGAAUAUAGUCUUGUGACGUAUAAUCAAUUUAUAAUCAGUAAAUAUGAUACAUAUAAUCAAACAAAACUUUGGAAUCUAUUUGUUGUUUAUAAUUGGAAAACAACCGAAGUGAUAAAUAUUUAUCCACAACAUUCGCAAACAUUAUUGUAUGCAUAUGAAAAUUUUUGCAACUACUUCCGCCAUCCAUAUGGUUAUUAUCCAUGUUCACCAUCGAAUAAUUAUUAUGCUCAUGUUGCAUAUGAAGUAUUCAAACAAUCAAUUAUUGAGAAUCGUAAUGGCAAUUAUAGUGAAGCUGUUCGUUGUAUACUAUCUUUAUUGCCACAUCAUGCUCAGCUAUUAACACCAAGUCCAUAUCUUGAUCUUUCAUUAUUUUCAUAUGAUGAAAAAGUGAUCGGUUUGAAUGAAAAACCUAGACACACAAGUGACGAACCGAUUCGUUUUUUCAAUCGAAAUACAGAUAGACUAUCAUUUCGAAUGCAUACUGGACAACCACAACGUUUGCCACCAUUACUUAUUCCUCUUCCAAACAAUCGACGAUUAAUUGCAUUCAUAUUUCAUCCAACAGAUCCUUUUAUCAUAAGUGUUCAACGUUAUAAUUCACAAUAUUUACUUUAUUUUCAUAUUCGUCAUUUUAAUCCAUUGUAAUAAUAGUUUUAUUUUUCAUCAUUUGAUUAAGGGGGAUAGGAACUGUAGAGGGCGUAAAAAAAACGCAUUUUUUGUUAAAUGAUUGCUCUUCAAUGAAACGUCCGAAGUUUUUGAAACUUACUUAUGUAAUUAUUUAGGAUUCCUAGAAUAAUUUAACAUAAACAAAAAAUAAAAAAUAUUCAUACAUCAAUAUGAAACAAUCAGUUGAAAAUCAGCUGUUCAAAAAGCAUGGUUCAGAACCGGAUAUUAUGGCAGAUAUUAGCCUGAAUGUGAAGAAAAAAACUGUUAAUUUUUUAACCCUAAGUUUCAAUUGGCCCAAAAAUGCCCUUCUCCUUAGAGAUAUAUAACGAUUUAGUCAAACAGCUGAUUUUCAACUGAUUGUUUCAUAUUGAUGUAUAAAUAUUUUUUAUUUUUUGUUUAUGUUAAAUUAUUCUAGGAAUUCUAAAUAAUUUAAUAGAUAAAUUUCAAAAAUUUCGGACGUUUCAUUAAAGAGCAAUCAUUUAA